AAAACCAAUCCCUCCGUGCUUUGGAUCACGUGAGCAACAGCGCAGCAGAUUUGAAUUGUUUGCGUCUCCGUGAGUUUUCGUCAGGUCUUCGUGGAUGUGAAAAAAAGAGGAAUUGUGAGUUUUUGGAGAAACUCAAGAUCUGGAUCAACGGUUACAGAGAAGCUACGGUACAAUGGCCGGUCGGACUAAGAGCGAUUUAUUUCUUCUGACUGAAGAGAAGUUUGACUUCGACCUGUCUCUGUCACCUGCCAGUGCCUCUAACAGUGAUGAAGAUGAGGAUGAAGUGUUCGUAGGUCCAGUUUCUCUUAAGGAAAAGUGUGCCUCUGUAAAUCUGAGAUCUCGACUUGAGGAUGGUAGCGGUUGUGCCCGAAUCAGCUGGAGUCCACUGACUGGAGACCAGAUGGACGCUGUGUGCCAGGAAGCCCUCAAACUAGCUACAGAGCUGCAGAGCAGUGACUCUAGCAGGCCACCAGGGGGAGACGGAGAGACCAGCAACACAACCUCCGAGGCCCCCGCCCACACGGAGGACUUUGUCCAGGGCUCUGAGGCCAAACUGGGCAUGUUUGGUCCGGUCUCCACUGGACUGAGUCCCAUUAAACGUGAGACCUUCUGUAUCCAGGACAGUCCUAUGAAACAGCUGCCUCCUGCUAUUCAACGCCGCCUCCUAAGAGGAAGUAAUGCCCACGUAGCCCCCCUCAACAGUCGCACCGCCCCCAAAAAAGCACCGACAUCACGCCAAAGCUCCACCACCAGCGUGUCUUCCUCAACUCGUCCUUCGACAAGACUCAGCACCUCCAGCCCAGUAGUUGGAGCUAAAGUCCAGCCCAGGACAGGGCUACGAGGCAGGACCUCGAUUGGCGUUGGCAUCGUGCUGCCGAGCAAACCGGCUGCACCGCCUACGUCAGCUUCCAUUAGCAAGACAAAACUGGACAGAACCAAACUGCAGCCGCCAACUAAGCCUGUGGCAGGUUGGAGGCGAAGCCCGUCUUCCCGUUCCUCCAGCAGAGCAGGUUCCUAUGAAGAUCUUCUCUCUGAUUCAGCCAGCGUGGCAUCAGACGUCAGCGACUCAUCUCUAAACUCCAGCGUUGUUGGAAAACGCCCGUUGGCUCCACCCACUAAGAAUGUUGCUGUAAAGGCUCCGACUGCUCAGAGCAGAAAGGUGACUGACAGGAGGAACACGUCCUCGUCCUCCUCCUCAGUUUCCAGUUUCAACUCCAGUGUGUCUCAGUCUCCAGCCAAAGGUAAAGUGAACUCCUCUGUGAACCGGAGUCUGAGCAGCUCCACAUGCGCCGCCUCUAGUGGCAACAACAGGACGCGUCGCUCCAUCAGCCGGUCCACCGCACCGCCCGUGUCCUCCACCGUGGGGCGCCGCUCGCUGUCCACUCAGCCCAGGAAGCUUUCUGAGGCAGAACGUCUCAGAGCCGCCAAGUCUACGCCCCUGAAGAAGGUGGAGGUCGCUCCACACCAGAGGACACCGGCCCAGAGGGGGUUGGAGAGAAGCAUCUCCGUUCCUCCCACCGCUGCAGUCCGCCCUCAGAGUGGGUUAAAGGUCAAGUCCAAACCUGAAGCUCUGGUGGCGCCAACACCCAGUGGAGGAGUCCGAGGAGUCGGCCACCUCGACAGUUCCUCGAAGAUUCUAAAGCCAAAGAGAUUAGUGUCGAUGAACAGCGUGGAAAGUCUGCCACAGAAACCCGCCACAUGUCCUCUGACUCCCUCUGCUGGAGGUGGCAGGUUACUGCAAAUGAAGCCUCGUCGUCCCUCCGCCCUCCCAACACCCGUGAGGCACAGGGUGUCUGCGAUGGUCACACCAACACUCAACAGCCAGAGCCGCCUGACGAGACCCCGACCCACCGGUGAUGACGACCCCGUCAGAAAAGAAAGCAGCUGCAGUCGCAUCAGCAUGGUAGACAAACAGGAGGCGGAGCCUGUUGAUUCUCCAGAAAUUCAACCUUUCUCUCUGGAGGAAGAGGAGGAGAAGAAAAUGGAGGAGUUGGCCACUGAGCCGCCCACUGAGCCGCCCACUGAGCCGCCCACUGAGCCGCCCACUGAGCCACCCAGCUGCCCCCCAGAGACCACACAGCCAGAAGAGGUGAAAUGUGAAGAACCAAACCAGGACCAACCACAGCCUGAGAAAAGCCCAGUCAAACUGGAAGCUGCAGAGGAAGGUCACAGCAAAGCCCCAGAGGUUCUCCUGCUGGAUCUUCCUGCUCCGGCUCUGCAGCCUCAUGAGAAGCUGCUCAUUGACCUGUCCAACACCCCUGACCUCAUCCGCACCAACAACAAACACUGCACCACAAGUCAGCUGAUUGACCUUAGCUCUCCUCUCAUUAAGUGGAGUCCAGAAGAUAAGAGGGAAAACACUGCUCCACUCAUCAAUCUUUCCUUCUUUCUGAUCUUGUUGCAGUUAAAAAAAAAAAGGACUCAGGAAUCAGAAGGUUCUCUUUGCUGUAAAACUGAUUAGUUUCAUCUCCACUCGAUCAGAGUAUUAUGUUUUAAAUUAUGAAAAUAUUCAUUUUUUAAUUGAAUGUAAUUUUCAUUGUUUAUGUUUUGCUGCUCUUUUAAAUGUCUGAAUAAAUCUUGUAAAUGUCACUGGUUAUGUUUAUUUAUGUUUUUGUUUUUUUCAGUUCACAUUAUUAUUCAUUUAUUUAACCCAGAAAAGUUGGUAAAAGCAGCGCUCAGCUGUGCUAACGUACAGUCCUAGUCAUUUGUUUUCAGGGAGGGUUUGGUUCUGUAUCAACACAAAUCCCAACUCUCUUCGUGACAAGUGUCGGCCUUCUGAUUGGCCAGAGCUGGAGCAGGUGUUCACGAGGUCAUUGGUCACAGGGAUCGGCCGCGUUUCCAUGUAAGUAUUUUUGUCUUUAUGAAUUCUCUGUCUCUGUGAAUGUGGGAACGAACAGUG